AUGCCCCUCCGUCUCCUCUCCUCCUCCUUCUUCGUCGCAACAACCGCUACCAGGCGACUCAACCUCCUCCUGACCACCACCGCCAUCACCACCCUCCGACCCUUCACGAUGACGGCCAAGACCCAAGAACCCGUGAUAAACUCCAUCACCGACCUCGCCCAAGGAAAGCAUCUAAACCUCAAGAACAUCAACUUCACAGACGAGACGGGCAAGCCCCGGGUCUGGGAGGUGGCAGGCCGCGCGAACCGCUCCGCGACGGCGGGCGUCGACGCCGUGUCCAUAGGCAACAUCCUCCUCCCGCCGCCCUCCCAGAAAUCCACCCGGCCCGCCUCGACGAUCCUCGUGGUCCAGUACCGGCCCCCGCUGGACGCCUACACGGUCGAGUGGCCCGCGGGCCUCAUCGACCCCAAGGAGGACGUCGAGACCGCGGCGCUGCGCGAGCUAAAAGAAGAGACGGGCUACGAGGCGUCCAGGGUCCUCAGCGUCAGCCCCCCGCAGGCCGCGGACCCGGGCAUGAGCAGCGCCACCGUGCAGCUCGUCAUGGUCGAGGUGCAGCUGCCCGAGGGGUGCGACGGCGCCGACGGGGAGCUGGCGAUGCCGCCGCAGAAGCUCGACGACGGCGAGCACAUCGAGCGCGUGGUCGUCCCGCUUGCCGACCUGUACGGGAGGCUUGUCGAGUACGCCGGCAGGGAGAGGCAUGUCGUUGCUGCGAAGCUGUUUCACUUUGCGCAGGGGAUGGAGUUUAUGAAGGGGCAGAAGUACUUCUAG